AUGGAUACCUUACUGCCUCACAGGCACAGCGCCAAUGGCACAACCGACGGAGAAACUCAUGCAUCAGCCACCCCGGACCCAAAACCAGCGAGCGACUUCGACAAGAUCAAGAAGAAGUUCUUAGGCUCCAUCACACAGCUUCAGGGCUUGCUCAAAGCGAUCCACGAUCCUCUGCCAGAUACCGGGGACGGCUCACCACUACCUCAGGCCACUAAAGAUAGCGCUGCAGAUAUCCUGGCCGACGUACUCGGCGAUGUCGCCACCUUGGGACCAGAACGACUAGUCCAACUGGCCGAAGUCGCGCAUACCACCAGCACUGGCGGCGAGCUCGACGACCGGAAAUAUCUCAUGGAGGCUCUCGUGCAAGCUGCAGCUAAGCUUCCUGCCGACCCGGUGCAGAAGAAGUUGACAGACGGCUUUUUGACACAGUUGUGGAACGAUCUGCAACAUCCUCCCCAAACUCUGUUGUCGGACGACUAUCAGUACCGCCAACCAGACGGCAGCAAGAACAACUACCAGAAUCCUCAGAUUGGUGCUGCGGGUAUGCCAUAUGCGAGGACCGUUGCGCCGAGGACGAAGAUGCCGGGCUGUAUGCCCGACCCUGGGAUCCUAUUCGACAGCUUGAUGGCUCGGAAGAACCCAGAGGGUACCACACACCCGAACAAGAUCUCCAGUAUGCUGUUCUACCUCGCCUCGAUCAUCAUCCACGAUAUCUUCAAGACGGAUCACAGCAACUUUAAUCUGUCUGCUACCUCCUCUUACCUUGAUCUGGCGCCGCUCUAUGGCAGCACGUGGGAGGAGCAAAAGCGCAUGCGGACUUUCGAGGAUGGCAAGAUCAAGCCUGAUUGCUUUUCUGAACCGCGACUUCUUACUUUCCCGCCUGGAGUUGGUGCGUUGCUGAUCAUGUUCAAUCGAUACCAUAACUAUGUCGUCGAACAACUGGCCGCUAUCAACGAGGGUGGACGAUUCUCUGAGAAUCCUCGACAAGUCAAUGUGGAUCGGUAUGGUGAGAAGAUCAACAAGCGAGACGAUGAUCUGUUCCAGACCGGUCGUCUUAUUGUCUGUGGUCUCUAUGUCAAUAUCAUCCUCAUCGACUACGUCCGCACGAUCUUGAACCUCAACCGCACGGACGAUAAUUGGCAGCUCGACCCACGGAUCAACAUCCGCAAUGGUCCGCCACAAGGCACUGGCAACCAAGUCAGCGCCGAGUUCAACCUAGUCUACCGCUGGCACUCUGCGGUGUCUAAGCGGGACGACGACUGGAGCCAGCAGCUGUUCAAGGAGAUUUCGCCAGACAUGACGGCCGCCGAAGCCGCAGAGCCGGAGAACUUGCAAAAGUUUCUAAUGGUGCUGGCUGCGAAGGAGAAGGAGUUCACGGCGCAGGAUCCACCUGAUCGUCAGUUCCCGGCUUUGGCGCAUGAGAAGCUUGAGCGAAUUAAGGACGGCCCAUAUGAGGGUAAUUUUCAGGAUAACGACAUCGCCAACAUUCUGAUUGCGGGUAUUGAUGAUUGUGCGAAUGCGUAUGGUCCUCAGCAAGUGCCUACAGUCAUGAAAGCCAUUGAGAUCCUGGGUAUUCAGCAAGCUCGAACCUGGAAAGUGGCAACCCUGAACGAGAUGCGCGAGCACUUCGGUCUCAAGCGCCACCAAAAGUUCUCAGACAUUACCAAAGACGAAGAUGUCGCUGCCAAGCUCAAACACCUCUACGAUACCCCCGACAACGUAGAACUCUAUCCCGGCCUAGUAGUAGAAGAUGCCAAACGCCCCAAACUCCCCGGCUCCGGUCUCUGCCCAGGCUUCACAGUCUCCCGUGGCGUGCUCUCCGACGCCGUCGCCCUAGUCCGCGGCGACAGGUUCUACACGACAAAUUAUACCCCCGCCUCCCUCACCAACUGGGGCUUCGCCGAAGCCUCCUCGGACCUAACAAUAGACAACGGCUGCGUCUUCUACAAGCUCUUCCUCCGCGGCUUACCGAACAACUUCGACCCCCAAAGCAUCUACGCCCACUACCCCCUCACCGUCCCCCACGGCGAACACGGCAUGGCCGACGUGCUCGAACACCUUGGAAAGGCAGACAAGUACACCGACCUCGUUACCUCCCCGAAACCCAUACCCCAACCCACCAUCAUCUGGUCCCACGACGCCUGCGUGAAGAUAAUGCAAGACAGCGCCAACUUCAAAGUCACCUGGGGCAAGGCCAUCGAAUUCCUCAUGGGCCCCGCGGCAAAGAACUUCAUGCUUUCCGGCGACGGCCCCGCGAACGAAAAGAGCAGGUUGUUCAUGGAGGACGCCAUGUACCUCGGGGGCUCCUCCCGCGCCAUCCCAAAAGGCCAGGAGAAAUGGCUACAAGCAACCAAGACUUUCUACGAGAAAAUCACGACGCAGCUACUUCAGCAGAAAUCCUACGAACUGGGGACGGGGAAGAGAUAUGUGGAUCUCAUCCGCGACGUAGGCAACAUGACCCACGUGCACUUCGCCGCCGAACUCUUCGGCAUCCCACUCAAGACCGCUGCCUUCCCGCACGGCAUCCUGACUGAACAGCAAAUGUACCUCGUCUUCGGCGCCGUCUUCAUCUGCAUCUUCUUCGACCUCGACCCGACCAAAUCCUUCAAACUCCGGCAACAAGCCCGCGACGCCGCGCAACAGGUCGGGGAGAUAGUCAAAGCCAUCGUGAUAUACGUGAAAGAAGGCAAAGACCUCGCCGUCUGGCUCGGGGAGAAAAUCGACCCCAUUGCUCCUGAGUUAAGGGAGUAUGGUUUACAUAUGAUUCAGAAGCUGGUGGAGAAGAAUGACGAUGUUGAUGACUUGGUCUGGGGGAAUAUCAUGGGGACCGUAGGCGGUAUGGUGGUGAAUCAAGGCCAAGUCUUCUCCCAAGUAAUGGACUGGUUCCUGUCCGGUGACGGGAGGGAACACUGGCCUGCUGUCCAGAAGCUGGCGCGCGAAGACACGGAUGAGUCGUUCGACACCCUGAUGCACUAUUUCAUGGAAGCCUCGCGCUUGAACGGCGAAUCCGGGGUAUUCCGGUACGUAGACCUGAGCGCCAGCGGAAAAGAAUCGAUCGAAGUCACCGACACUCCAACCCUACCGGACGGCACAACAAACCCCCUCGGAACCCAAACCCACACCCUCAAAUCCGGCCAAGUGGUCAUGCUAAACCUGCGCUCCGCCUCGCACGACCCGAACGGGUUCCAAGACCCGGAGAAAUUCGACCCCUCCCGCGAUCUAAACUCAUACAUCCACCUCGGCCACGGCCCACAUCAAUGUAUCGGCCUCCCCAUGACGCGGGUGGGUCUGACCACUAUGCUCAAAGUCGUCGCGAAGCUCGAGGGUCUGCAGCCGGCUCCCGUGGCGGUGGGGGGGAAGACGGUGAGGAGUAGUGUGAAGAAAGUGGUCAAGGAGUUUGUGCCGGGGGAUUCGGCGACGUUGCCCGAGAAUUGGCAUUUCCAUUUGUUUUUGAUGGAGGAUUGGGAUAUGUAUUUUCCUUUUCCCACGACGCUCAAGUGCGAGUGGACGCCGUAA